GCCGAGGCAGCAGUUAAUUUUGGUUUUCAGCAACCACAUCACACAGUUCGUCUGUUUAUGGCAGCCAGGAGAAGUGGCAAGGGCCUGGGAGCCUGGGAGCCUGCUCCUGCCUAGUCGGUUUGUUGUUGUUGUUGUUGUUGUUUUUACGGAGUUUCGCUCUUGUUGCCCAGGCUGGAGUGCAAUGGCACGAUCUCGGCUCACCGCAACCUCUGCCUCCUGAGUUCAAGCGAUUCUCCUGCCUCAGCCUCCCGAGUAGCUGGGAUUACAGGCCUGCGCCACCACAUCCUGCUAAGUUUGUAUUUUUAGUAGAGAUGGGGUGUCUCCAUGUUGGUCAGGCUAACUCCCACCUAAGGUGAUCCACCUGCCUUGGCCUCCCAAAGUGCUGGGAUUACAGGUGUGAGCCACCACACCUGGCCCCCAGUCGGUUUUUUGGUUUUUUUGUUUGUUUGUUUGAGGCAAGGUCUCUGUCACCCAGGCUGGAAGGCAGUGUUGUGAACACAGCUCCCUGCAGCCCUGACCUCCUGGGCUCAGGCAAUCCUACCCUCUUAGCCUCCUGAGCAGCUGGGACCACAGGCGUGUGCCACCAUGCCUGGCUAAUAUUUUUAUUUUUUGUAUAGAGUUUCGCCAGGUUGCCCAGGCUGGUCUGGAACUCCUGAGCUCAAGCGAUCCACCUGCCUCAGCCUCCCAAAGUGUUGUGGUGAGCCACUGUGCCUGGUCUGCCUGGUCUCUCGACAUACCCCCUCCCCCAGUCUCUUUGGGCCUUGCAACCAGGGCACCAGCCCAGCAAGGCAGGCAAGAGGAGCCCCCGGACCUGAUGCCUGUAGCCUCCCGCCUUAAGCCUCUGAAAUGCCCUGUGAAAUGGGAAGUGAGGUUCAAGAGAAGUCACACAUUAGGCUAGGGCUGAGUCUGGGCCAGCAGUCUUGAGGUGUCUACCAGGAUGGCACAUUGCCCCCUACUUCCCAAGUCCUCCCCCCAGCCUCUGUAGGGCUGUCCUCUGGGGCUGGGCUCAGGGUACACACUCCUCCAGGGCUAUCAGGAUUAAAAUGGAGUCCUCAGCCUUAGGGCCACCCCAGGAUUUCCUGGAAAGUCCUUUGCGCUUGGGGAGGGAGGUGAGAGAGUUUUUAGAGCCCCAGAGAGCUCACUAUGCCCCUAGCUGCUCUGGGUGGAAGUCCACACAGAGGGCAGCACCGCGGGAUGCUACAAACAGGCAAUUUGUCAGUGUCUAAAAUGGGAUGUUUCUGCUCCUGCAGCCCCUGCUUCUGACCCCCGUUACCACCACCACUCAGCUGCUGACCUCCCUGCCCACAUCCUGCUCAAGCCUCACCAGAACACGCUACCCAGACUGUCCCAGGCUUUCACAGACAAAUCUGCACAGAGGCUGCCAGGUCCUCAAAGCAACCACAGGGGUUAAGGCGGAGCCAAGGGCCAGCAUUUCUGGAGCUCCCAGACAAUGCUGUCUGGGUCUGGCACAGCAGGAGAGCCCACGUGGGCUUAGGAGACUGUCCGAUCUGUUUCCUAACAUGGCCUCUACCACUUUCCCAGCUGGGGACCUUACGCCAGGUGCCUUGGGCUAUUCACCUGUAAAAUGGGGACAGUGAUACCAUCCUCACUGGAGGAUAUGCUAUAGCACAUGACAAAAAGUCCCAUUGUCCCAAGGCAGCUAGACACACACAGGGGUCACUGGGGCAGGAAUGGGGGUAAGGGGUCUUUCCAUUCCUGACUUGGCAAGCUGAAUAAUGAUGGUAACAAGAAACAGCGCAAGGCACUUUAUAAGCAUCUUGCAUCUAUUAAUUCACUUAACGCUUCUGUGAGGUAGGUACUAUUAUUUCCAAUUUACUGAGGAGGAUGCUGAGGUUCAGAGACGAGAAGUGUCCCACCUAAGGUCACCCAGCUAAUGAGAGCCAGAGCCUAGCCAGCUAGCCUCCUCCACACCCUUAAGCUCUCUCUUCCUGCUACCUGAGCCACUGUGACAGGCACAGUGCUGGGUCCCAGAGGAUUUAGCAGGAGCCAGCUAAGACCAGCCUGGUAGAGAACGACCCAAGCCAACGGGCCCCUGGAUUGGGGAAGGGCCCCACGAGGGGUUGGCUGGGGACCUCUGAGGUCCCCCUUCUGUGUCCGCGGUUUAGAAAGGCCAUGAUCCCAACACCCACUGAUCAAAACUUCUGAGUCCGUAAGUCUCUGAUUACAACAUCCUUCUAAGGAACAGCCUAUAACCCUAACCCAACCUUGCGGAGUCCAUCCUUCUACGAUUCAACAUCCAGGUGUGACAAGGGAGGGCCUAAAAUCUACCUGUCACCCAGCUAGGAGGCACAGCAGCCCCACCGGAAUCCGACUCAAAGGCCCAGGGUGUCUCUCCUGCCCAGGACCCUUAGGUCUGGCUGGAGGGGAGUCUGGAGACCAGGGCAGGAGUGUGGGGCAAGAGCUCAGUUAGACUGAUAAUAUGGCUGGGGUAGUUUCUACCACCACAGCUGCGGCUACAACCCACAUGUACUGACCCCUCACCAGGCCAGAGCUGGGGCUCAGGACUUGGCAAAUCUAGGAGGGACAGAGGUAUAAGCCAAACCUUGCCUUCAAGGACCUUCAGACCAGCUACAGAACCAGACAAGCCCAGGCCCAGUGUGGUCUGGGCUGGAAGCUUGGCUGGAACAGAGCGGGGGCACCACAUAGUCCAGAGACUUCCCGAGGGACAGGAAGGAUGGCACCUGAGGUUCCCUUGCCAUGCCACCCAUAGUCACUGGCCAGCAGCCUUCCUGUUGGGAAAAGGGAGAUGGGGGAGGGAACCUUGCCUGACAUCUCAUCCUGGCCUGAGCUUUGAUCUCGGAGCCUCCCAACUUCCCACCAGAAUUCCACACUCAGGUGGGCUCCCAUCUGGGAGGCUCUGGCCAUAGCAGGCAGCUGUUGGGUUCCCUUCUCAGCUCCUCCCACCCCCAGUGAGGCCUGCCUCAUUAGGGAGGAAAGAAGCAGCCACUGAGUGUGCCAGGCCCUGAGCUAGGCACUGGGAGUAUGGAGGUGUGUGGGGCCAAGGUCCUGCCUCUGAGAGGUGCCCGGUCUGCACCGGCAUACAGUAGUGGCUCAAAUAGUCUCAAACUAAACUGAAACUAACAAAGCAAAGUACAGAGGGUGUGGCAGGACUCAGGGGCACCCCUCCCCUCUUCCCCAUGCCCGCGGCUCCUGAUGCCACAGGGGUGCAGGGUAAGGAGAGCCUACUGUUUUCCUAAAGGCUCUCACAUCUUGUAAAACCAGCAGUUAUGGAGCACUUACUGUAUGCCUAACUCUGUGUUGAGUGGAGGGCCAAAGAGGAGAACUACUGAAUUUGGGGGGUGGUCAGAGCAGCACCCACAUCAUUGCCCUACAAGAAGGAAGGGGGACUGAGGCUGUUUGCCAGGAGGAAUGAGAGGAGACGGGCUUCACAGAUGGAGCAAACUGCUAGGAGAUGUGGAGAACAGGGUGUCGUGAACCGCUCUGGGAGGGCUCCUGGUGGCUGAGGGGUGGCACGCACCUCCCUUAAAGGGAGCUGGCAGGGGUGUCUUGUCCACUCUGCAGAAUGGGCAGGCCCAGGACAGCUGGCCCAUCAGACCAUUAGAAACAGCGAGUCCGGAGUUCCAGGGGCUUGUCCACGGUCCACGGCCACACAGCAGCCCGUGGCCCCAGGAAGCCAAAGCUCCCAGCCAGUCAUCCGGUGGUGGGGGGUUUAGUUCCAGGGGGCCAGAGGUCCUCUGCGGGAGAGAGUGCAGCGUAGUAUCCGCGGCAGGCCCAGAGGGGCCAGGACAGGUCAGAAAGGCCUACCCCUCUUUCGCUUGGCACCCUUUCCUCUUUGCGAGGGAUGCAAAGGUUAUUUACACCCCGGGCCUGCAGGCUGCGGGUGGGGCAGGCACCCCGCCUGGGGCGGGUUGCGGGCGCGGGGGCAGGAACGGGCUUACCUGCUUCCCGCCACCGGGGCUGGGCGGGGCGCUGCGGGGAGGAGGAGCCGGGCACAACCUGUGGACGGCCGCGGCCGGCGGACACACAGCAGCGGGGGCCCGGCCGGGGGUCGCCGGGGGGCCCGGAAGCCGGGGGAGAGCGAGGAAACCAACUUGGAGAGAGGAGUGACCUGGGGGCCGGGGGCGGAGUCGUGAGCGGGGGAGGAGAGAGCCGGCCGCCAGCAAGAGCCGCGCGGCGGCCCAGGAAGCGAGAGCGCCGCCCACCCAUCCGGGGCAAGAGCCGCGUCGCAGGAGAGGCAGGCUGCACCGGGGGCUCCCCGGGCCCGCGACCCCCGCCGUGACCCCGCAACCCCCAGCCCGUCCCCAAGAUGAUGAAGAGGCAGCUGCACCGCAUGCGGCAGCUGGCCCAGACGGGCAGCUUGGGACGCACCCCGGAGACCGCUGAGUUCCUGGGUGAGGACCUGCUGCAGGUAGAACAGCGGCUGGAGCCGGCCAAGCGGGCAGCCCACAACGUCCACAAGCGGCUGCAGGCCUGUCUGCAGGGCCAGAGCGGGGCAGACAUGGACAAGCGGGUGAAGAAGCUUCCCCUCAUGGCUCUGUCCACCACGAUGGCCGAGAGCUUCAAGGAGCUGGACCCUGAUUCCAGCAUGGGGAAGGCCUUGGAGAUGAGCUGUGCCAUCCAGAAUCAGCUGGCCCGCAUCCUGGCCGAGUUUGAGAUAACCCUGGAGAGGGAUGUCCUGCAGCCACUCAGCAGGCUGAGUGAGGAGGAGCUGCCAGCCAUCCUCAAGCACAAGAAAAGCCUCCAGAAGCUCGUGUCCGACUGGAACACACUCAAGAGCAGGCUCAGUCAGGCAACCAAGAAUUCAGGCAGCAGUCAAGGCCUGGGAGGCGGCCCGGGUAGUCACAGCCAUACGACCAUGGCCAACAAGGUGGAGACGCUGAAGGAGGAGGAGGAGGAGCUGAAGAGGAAGGUGGAGCAAUGCAGGGACGAGUACUUGGCUGACCUGUACCACUUUGUUACCAAGGAGGACUCCUAUGCCAACUACUUCAUUCAUCUCCUGGAGAUUCAGGCCGAUUACCAUCGCAGGUCACUGAGCUCGCUGGACACAGCCCUGGCUGAGCUGAGGGAGAACCACAGCCAAGCAGACCACUCCCCCUCGAUGACAGCCACCCACUUCCCCAGGGUGUAUGGGGUGUCGCUGGCAACCCACCUGCAAGAGCUGGGCCGGGAGAUUGCCCUGCCCAUCGAGGCCUGCGUCAUGAUGCUGCUUUCUGAGGGCAUGAAGGAAGAGGGUCUCUUCCGUCUGGCUGCUGGGGCCUCGGUGCUGAAGCGUCUCAAGCAGACGAUGGCCUCGGACCCCCACAGCCUGGAGGAGUUCUGCUCCGACCCACACGCCGUGGCAGGUGCCCUCAAGUCGUAUCUGCGGGAGCUGCCGGAGCCUCUGAUGACCUUCGACCUCUAUGACGACUGGAUGACGGCAGCCAGCCUGAAGGAGCCAGGGGCCCGGCUGCAGGCCUUCCAAGAGGUGUGCAGCCGCCUGCCCCCUGAGAACCUCAGCAACCUCAGGUACCUGAUGAAGUUCCUGGCACGGCUGGCCGAGGAGCAGGAGGUGAACAAGAUGACACCCAGCAACAUCGCCAUCGUCCUGGGACCCAACCUGCUGUGGCCACCUGAGAAAGAAGGGGACCAGGCCCAGCUGGAUGCGGCCUCCGUGUCUUCCAUCCAGGUGGUGGGCGUCGUCGAGGCGCUGAUCCAGAGCGCAGACACCCUCUUCCCUGGAGACAUCAACUUCAACGUGUCAGGCCUCUUCUCAGCUGUUACCCUCCAGGACACAGUCAGUGACAGGCUGGCCUCUGAGGAACUGCCACCCACUGCCGUGCCCACCCCAGCCAUCACCCCAGCUCCAGCUCCAGCUCCAGCUCCAGCUCCAGUUCCAGCCCCAGCCUUGGCUUCAGCGGCUACCAAGGAAAGGACAGAGUCUGAGGUGCCCCCCAGACCAGCCUCCCCCAAGGUCACCAGGAGCCCCCCGGAGACAGCUGCCCCAGUGGAGGACAUGGCUCGGAGGACCAAGCGCCCAGCGCCAGCCCGGCCCACCAUGCCGCCCCCCCAGGUCUCCGGCUCCCGCUCCUCCCCUCCAGCCCCGCCCUUGCCCCCUGGCUCUGGAAGUCCUGGGACCCCCCAAGCCCUGCCCCGACGUCUGGUUGGCAGCCUCCGAGCCCCCACAGUGCCACCCCCGUUACCCCCUACACCCCCUCAGCCUGCCCGGCGCCAAAGCCGGCGUUCACCAGCCUCCCCCAGCCCGGCCUCCCCAGGUCCAGCCUCCCCCAGCCCAGUCUCUCUGAGUAACCCUGCACAAGUGGACCUGGGGGCUGCCACAACAGAGGGAGGAGCCCCUGAGGCUGUCAGUGGGGUCCCCACUCCCCCAGCUAUCCCCCCUCAGCCCCGCCCCAGGAGCCUUGCCUCAGAGACCAACUGAGUGGCUGGUUUCUCCCUAAGCAGCCCUCAGCAUCCCCUCCCUCCCAACCUGGCCCUCCCAGGACAGCUCUCACGCCCCACAAAGGGGCGUGGGCCUCCAGCCUUUGCCCACAAGUGCCUCAGUGCCCACUGGGUCGGCCUCCAUGGCUAGGAGGGCUCAGGACAGUCCUCCACUUCCUGACCUUUUCCUCGUCCACCCUGGGCUUGGGGACCCCCCCACCGGGCUCUCCACUCUCUGGCAGGUCCUAGGGGAGCCACUGGAAGGAAGGAGAGGCUUGCCUGCUCCUACGGGACUGACUCUUCUCUUGCCAACAUGUUUUUUGUAAGGCUGGUAAAUAAUUUAUUUUGGACAAAACUGGAGCAGCUGCCCAAAUGAUAGUUUUAUUUUCUGUCCUUGAAAUAAAGAAGCCAAUUUUAUAAAGGGGAAAAAAA